AUGAAACAGGAUAUAGGUCUGGACGCCAUUUUGGCUGAAUUGGGACCGUUUGGAAGAUAUAAUAUUGUGAACUAUGCUUUUCUUUUAUUCCCUAUAUAUUUGGCGGGAAUGUACGGCUCAGUGUAUGUAUUCGAAGCACCAGAUAUAAAAUACAGAUGCAAUGUUUCACAAUGUGAAGAUCUGAAUCACACAUCUUGGUUAGAAUAUGCAAUACCGAACGAAAAGAACAGCUUAUCAAGAUGCGAGAUGUUUGGAACAAAAGCUAACACCAGUGAAACGUGCAGCGUUGAUGACUUCGAUACGAAUGUUGUAAAGAAAUGUAUGGAAUACGUGUAUAGUGACGAAGACUCUGCUGUGAAAGACUUCGAUCUGGGAUGUCAAAAUUGGAAACGAACCCUUAUAGGGUCAAUUCACAACGCCGGACUGUUUGUCUCGUUGCCCCUUACUGGCUUCAUAUCGGACAAGUAUGGCAGAAAAAUCGCUUUGUCUGUAGCUUCCUUAAUGAAUGGCAUAUUUGGGCUUAUAAGAUCCUUCUCCAUCAACUACCCCAUGAUGUUGGUGUUUGAAUUUUUAGAAGCUGGCUUGGGAGCAGGUGCUUAUAGUACAGCGUUUGUUAUUGCAAUGGAAUUAGUCGGACCUAAAGGCAGGGUAUUUGGAAACACCCUUAUAAAUAUUUUGUACGUUAUGGGACUGAUAUCACUAUCUGGAUUUUCUUGGUGGCUGCAAAGCUGGAGACAUGUCCUAAGACUUAUAUAUACACCAGCCCUUUUAGUAGUAUCUUAUUAUUGGAUUCUCAAUGAAAGUGUCCGAUGGUUGAUUAGUAAGGGUCGUCACCAAGAAGCUGCUAAUAUUCUAAAGAAAGCAGCGAAGAUGAAUAAAGUGAAUUUAUCGAACGAAGUGCUUUCCCCAUUAUAUGAACUUGAAAAAACUGUGCCAGAUAAUGAAAAACAUAAAGAAGACGCGGAUAAUGAACAACGCCAAGAUAAACAAGAAUCUAAUUUUAAAAAAGUGAUCAAAUCUAGUAUUAUUAGAAAAAGACUGGCAAUAUGUUCAUUUCUUUGGAUUACAUGUACUUUCGUCUAUUACGGGCUGUCUAUAAAUUCAGUGUCGUUAGCCGGAAAUAAAUAUGUUAACUUUAUGUUAGUGGCUUUUGUAGAAAUCCCAGCGAAUAUCGCGUGUUUGUUAGUGUUGGACAGGUUCGGGAGGAAAAGAGUGUUAAUUACUACAUAUGUUUUGAGUGCAUGUUUGUGCAUAAGUCUAUCGUUCCUUGCAAAAGAACAAAAAUGGUUAUCCCUCGUCAUAUACCUCUCGGGCAAGUUCUCUAUAACAGUUGCCUACAGUUCUGUAUACAUUUAUGUAUCAGAAGUAUUUCCAACGAAUGUGAGACAGUCGCUGUUGGCUGUUUGUUCGUCGUUGGGAAGAGUUGGCUCUACGUUAGCACCACUUACGCCUUUACUUGCGCUAUACUACGACAAUUUACCAGCGAUAUUCUUCGGCAGUCUCGCAUUAAUCGCUAGCAUCCUCGUAUUUUCGUUACCGGAAACUAUCAAUGUGGCUCUACCAGAUACUAUAGAAGAAGCUGAGCAGAUCGCUCAAAGAGCUAAGAAAAAGGACGUCGCU